UUUAUGCAGCAUACACCUAAUUGUCGAACAGGCUACACAUAUGCUACAGCUUCAUCCAUUUAAACAAAUAUUAGAUGGAGGAAUAGGAAGAACGAAAGAGCAUACAAAUGGAUGGAUCAGUAUCGCGGACCGUGCCAGGCGUGUGAUACAUUGCUUUGGUAACCGGGCUGCGUUGCAUCAGCAGCAUCCAUCAUCAGCUGAUCACUCUCAAGGUCGCCUUCGCAGAGCAUCAUGGGGAGGACACUGGAACCACUGGUUCUAUCCGGGGACCGCUACAUCCCCUACAACUAAAACAACGUUCGUUCACCAUCACCACCCACGCCAAAAGGAGUUUACGUAGAGAGCAUUUCGUUUUUCAUAGGUUGAUGGGAACUGGACUGUCUCCUCAAAGGGAAACGUGCGGAUUGUCGCGCAUCCACUCCACAAGCCUGAGCUAUAUGAAACGAAUAACGAAGACAUUUGCAAGGGGCUUAGUUUUUAUAGUAGCCUACCGCAUUGGUGCCAGUGGAAUCGUGGAGGGCGGGAGAGGAAUAGCACGACUGGUCACGACAGGUGAAUUGCGUUCCUUAUGUGCAGGCUGUAGCUCUGAAGACUGGGCAGGUUCAGCGCGCUUUUCCAUCUGAAGAUCUUUUCUCUUGUCCUCCUGUCCUGUUUGUCAUCUUCUCAUCAAGAGCUGCUAUUUGUUAGUGAAUAUCUAUCUAUUCACUGAAGAUGGUGGAGGAGGAGAAAAAGCAGGUGACAGGAUACCUCCUGUUCUCCCUGGCCACUGCAGUCAUUGGCUCGCUGCAGUUUGGCUACAACACAGGGGUCAUUAAUGCACCUGAACAGAAACUGCGGGCCUUCUUCAACAACACGUGGAUGGAGAGGUAUGCCGAGCCCAUCAAACCAGGAACGUGCACCAUUGUGUGGAGCUUGUCGGUGGCCAUCUUUAGUGUGGGCGGCAUGGUGGGGUCCUUCAGCGUCGGAGUGAUGGCAGACAGAUUUGGGAGGAAAUUGUCCAUGUUCUUGGUCAACAUCCUGGCUGUGAUCGGAGGCCUCCUCAUGGGUUUCUCCACCCUUUGCUCCUCCUAUGAGAUGGUCAUCGCCGGACGCCUCGUCAUUGGCCUCUUCUGUGGCCUCUUCACCGGCCUUACGCCCAUGUAUGUGGGGGAGCUGUCCCCCACCCCUCUCCGGGGCGCCUUUGGCACCUUGCACCAGCUGGGCGUGGUGAUUGGCAUCCUGGUGGCUCAGAUCUUUGGCUUGGAGUCUCUGUUGGGGUCGGACAAGUUGUGGCCUCUGCUGCUGGCUCUGACGGUCAUCCCGGCCGUGCUGCAGUGUAUCCUGCUGCCCUUCUGUCCUGAGAGCCCCCGCUUCCUCCUCAUCAACCAGAACAAGGAGGAGCAGGCCCGCAAAGCCCUGGUGCGUCUGCGUGGCUUCGAGGACGUGAGCAAAGACAUGCAGGAGAUGAAGGAGGAGAGUUCCAAGAUGGCCAUGGAGAAGAAAGUGACCAUCCCCGAGCUGUUCCGCACCGCAGCCUAUCGGCAGCCGCUCCUCAUCGCCGUCAUGCUCCACCUCUCCCAGCAGCUCUCUGGAAUCAAUGCUGUGUUCUACUAUUCAACUGGUAUCUUUGAAUCAGCCGGUGUAACCCAACCCAUUUACGCCACUAUUGGAGCAGGAGCUGUUAACACUGUCUUUACUGUGGUAUCUCUCUUCCUGGUUGAGAGGGUGGGACGAAGGACUUUGCAUCUCGUCGGAUUGGCCGGAAUGGCCGUCAGUGCCCUGCUCAUGACUAUUGCCCUCCUGUUGAAGGGCUACUCGUCUCUGAGCUACCUGAGCAUCGGGGCAGUGUUUCUGUUCGUGGCCAUGUUUGAGAUGGGGCCUGGUCCUAUCCCAUGGUUCAUAGUGGCGGAGCUCUUCUCCCAGGGUCCACGGCCGGCCGCCAUAGCUGUGGCCGGCUGCUGCAACUGGACCGCCAACUUCCUGGUGGGAGUCAGCUUCCCCAAACUGGAGGAGCUGUGUGGGCCGUACGUCUUUAUCAUCUUCAUGAUCUUACUCCUCUUCUUCUUCAUCUUCACCUUCAUCAAAGUCCCAGAGACCAAGGGCAAGACCUUUGACGAGAUCGCCCGCGAGUUUGGCGGAGCCCCCCCGCCCCCUGCCAUCUCUGUGGAAGCUCCUCCCACUAGUAGCAGCGUAACACUUCCUGCCUCGCCCAUCAAGGAGAAGGUCCCAUUGAUGGAGGCGGCAGCAGCAGAGGAUAAAUCCAUCUCAACUGCACAGGCGAGCUUGUAGAUGUCGGGUCAAGGGUUAAAUGUCAGAGGUUGGGGGUCAGCAGGUUCAAAAACAGGGAAAAUUCUUUGGGAGUUCAGGUACAUGGGGACGAGUGAUUGAGGUGAAGGGAAAUAUACUUUUACAUUUACAUUUACGUCAUUUUUCGUGUACAUGGAAAGCCACCAUGCACACAUAUUUGGGUAGAAUACGGUAGCUAGGAUUUCUUUCUUUCAUGUGUAACAUCUUUUGGAAGUGUUCUCAACUUAGAGAUCAAAAUGAGUGUUUUAAUUUUGUUGCCUUCUUUUACUGAGUGCAUCAUCAUUUGAAGAGCUUUUAGUAAGGCUAAAGUGGGCCAAAUCAAAACAAACAACCUCAAUAGUGUUUCUGGUUGACAGUAGUUUUAAAUGUGAAACUGUAGAUUAGGGUCAAUUGCAUUGGUUGGCUUUCUUGGUUUAGAAAUAGCUUUUUUAAAUAACCCAAUAAUCCCAGAAUGAUCAUACUUGAAAGUUUAAUGAUAUGCUUUUAAAAACAAAAUGAUAUGCUUUUACCCUACUCAAUGUAAGAAUCCACUGAUAAAGAAUCACAUUUGGAUGGUUGCAUAAUGAAGUAAGAUGGUUGUUGUUUUCAAUGAGAGAGAGAGAGAUGUAUGGUACAUAUUUCACUUUAACUUGCUUUAGCUGCACGUUAUUAACCAAAUAUUAAUCAAUUAAAAAUCCACAAUAGCUAAUAUACUCUUAAAAAAGUGCGUUAAGCAAAUUAAUCAACAUAAGGAAUAAUUAAAUAAAUAUUUACCUAAGGGAGUGCAUUUACAGCUAGCCUAUUAGAAAAAUACUUUAGGAUAGCGUAGAAUUGCAUUAACUAUAUUGACUAAGGGGACUGCAAUAGAGGUUUCAAAUUAAAAAGGGAAAAACUUUAUUUAAAGGAUGGGUAACGUUAAUGAAGGUAGUUAUUUUGGAUAUUAUCUUAUAAUAGAUUAUGACAUGAGUCGUGAUGUUAUGAACUUGGAUUCAAUUAGAAUCAACCACAGAGAGCAAAGGACUCCAGCGGUUUUCUCUGUGGUAUUGAGUGCAAUUUUGAAUUGUUCUGCUGUGAGAGCAUUCAGUUUUAAAAAAAUUAAUACAAUUGUGACGGUUGUCUAUUCAAUGUGUAUUUGGAAUACCACAAUGGGAGUUUAGUUGUGACCAAAUGUGAGGAUUUGUGCAAAAUGCUUUUGAAUGACUCCAUUUUGAGUCUAUGCUUUACUUUGUGACCCUUUGUCUGAGGAUUACCAUGUGGAACAUUGUUAAAAAAUAUUAAUUUAUUCAAAGAUUUUAUUGUAUAGAUAUAGUAGAUAAAUGUGUUACAACAUUUUAUAUAUUUAUUUGUGGUUGUGUAAAUUAUAUGUAGUAAGCCCCAAGCACUUUCACUAUUUACUUUGCUUAGAAAGAGGACAGGGUCAUGGCUUUGUUCUGUAUUAAUAUAAUAUAUAGUGGGUAUAUGUAUGUGUUGCACUGGGAAAAUACAUUCCUUUGAUGGUAGUAUUCAGUAUUUGACCUCUCCUCCAAGGAAAAAACAUUAUUCGAUGGCAGCACUCCAUCACUACUGUUAACAAGACCGCAGUACUGUACUAACUGAACCAUACCCAGCUACCUUAUGCACAUUCACUUACUGUACACAGUUAGGAGAGUAUUUAUUUGUAAAUAUGUAUUGCAGUGGUUGAAUGUGUACUUGUUCUGGCCCAUCGUCCAAUGAGUGAAAAAGAGAAGGAAAGAGAGAGAACAACUAUUUAGAUUGUUUCCUAGUAGUACACUGAAGUGUUGAGACACAUUGCUCUAUUAACUUUGUGGUUAAAGUAUUAUUUAUGUCAAAAUGUACACUGGAAAUUAAAACCCAGUUCCUAUACCACUACUCCACAACACUACUAACCUCACUCUCCCCCUCUUCCACUUUCCACAUGCCUUCCACUUGUUUAGUGUGCACCUUAUGUAGUCCUCAGUGUGGGUCUAAAAAAAGUGUUUUUCUUUUUUGCUGAUCAUUGUAUCCUAUAUUAUCACAGAGAUCUGUUCCAUUUUACGUCAGAAAACCAUGUUGUUUUGAAAUGGGUUUUUACCCAUGCUGUUGGUAUUGCUUUUAUGUCUAUUUUUUUCCUGGCCUGUGUUUCAUGGCCUUCCGUUUGCUUUGAGUGAUUGUGUUUGUGAGUUCCAUGUUUCUGCUGCUUAUUUGUGCCUCUUCAGCACCUUUCAGCUAAUGUGUACUGUAUGUGUGUGUGAACAUGUUCUUCCUGCUUCCAAAAUCUUGUACUUUUAUUCUCCACGAGGCACCAAACAAAGGGCAUUUAAGCAAGAUCUAUAGUCUCUGCCAUAAACAAUUGAAAUUAAAAUGUAUGAACUAAUCAAUUUUGGUAUUGAAUAAAAAAUAUGGUCUAAUUCAUAUAUAUCAAGAUUAUGUGAAGUGCAGAAAAGCACACUUUUGAAUCCAAUUGAUAAUUUUCCUGUAUUGGGAAAAUGUAUCACACAAACAGUAUAAAUCUGGCUAUGAAAUGGCUUUUGAGACAAUUAAACAUUACAACAAACUAACAACAAUCAUGCACCCUCAUUUGCUACAUGUAUUCGUUUCACUUAUGUUUGUAUGUAUGAAUAUAAUGUUAAAUAAAAUAUCCCACAUCUAACAAACACAAAA